GAUCUCGGAAAGAAGGCACGAGGACAGCAUUCUCGACUGCAAUCCUCUUCCACCGCAUGAAUCUUCUUCCCACGUCAUCCCUCUACCAACUCCCACCUACACCCCUCAUCUCCAUUCUUCCGAGCAUGCCGCAGCGACCGCGAUAACGUUUGCAUGGCUUGAGGAUCAUGUCCACCGAACAUGGCUCGCCGCCGGUGAAAGAGAGGCUCAAGCCGAACACUUCGUUCCCCACGGUGGCAAGAUGGUGCGCCAACCUCUCCACCCCGACCAUCAACUCCUUCUCCGGUGCCAUGGCCGGUAUGGCUAGCGGCAUCGUCACCUGCCCGCUCGAUGUCAUCAAGACCAAGCUGCAAGCUCAAGGUUCCUUUGCUACCGCCGGCGUUCCGGGCAAGACCCCGUCCACGGCAAUAAUAUAUCGAGGGCUGUUCGGAACAGCGCGAACGAUCCUGCGACAAGAUGGUUACAAGGGCAUGUAUCGCGGUCUCGGGCCAAUGCUUCUGGGCUAUCUUCCCACCUGGGCCGUGUACAUGUCUGUAUAUGACAGCAGCAAGGAUUGGUUCUAUACCCACCAUUAUGGCAUCACCGAGAACGACAAAUGGCUGCCUCGCGUAUAUGCGUCUCUCCUCGCCGGCGCCUUCAGCACCAUUGCCACAAAUCCCAUCUGGGUUAUCAAGACUCGACUGAUGUCACAAGUCUCGCGUACUGCCACGGACGGCGCACGUACUCCCUGGAACUACACUAGCACUAUAGAUGCCGCGCGGAAGAUGUACAGAGCAGAAGGCCUUGGCGCAUUCUACUCCGGCCUAGCCCCAGCCCUCCUUGGCCUCACCCACGUUGCAAUUCAAUUCCCCCUAUACGAGUACUUCAAGCAGCGAAUCACCGGCUACGAAAUGGGCGAAGCCCCAGCCGAAUCAGGCAAAUCCUGGACUAACAUCUUCGGCAUCCUCACCGCCACCCUACUGUCCAAAGUCUGCGCAACAAGCGCCACCUACCCACACGAAGUCCUACGCACCCGCCUCCAGACGCAACAGCGCUACGUGCAGCCGGAAUCAUCUAACGGUGUCCAAGGCUCACACCACUCUCAACGCCUCCCAACUCGGCCUGUCGGCUCUUCCGACGGCCUCCGCUACGAACCGCGCUACAAAGGCGUCAUCCGCACAUUCAAAGUCAUCCUGCGGGAAGAAGGAUGGCAUGCAUUCUACAACGGCAUGGGCACAAAUAUGAUCCGCGCCGUGCCCGCGGCCAUGACGACGAUGCUGACGUUCGAGAGUGUCAAGGGCGCGAUUGGCGGAUUACAAGACGAAGGAAAGAUGCUCAUGCGAGAAGAGGAAGAAAGUUGGGCGCGACAACCUGAGAACAGGAAGUGGUCAUGAAGAGAAACUGUGAACUUUGACUUUUCCGGACGAGAACCUGUGACGGCGGCGGGAAUCGGCGGAACGACGCAUGCAUGAUGGACAUUUUCGGCCCUUUGCAUUUGGAGCAUAUGCAGCACGCUGGGUUGAUGGAUGAUUGAGCGUUUUCCGGCGUACUGAGUAAGAGGUGGAUGUGUGCAUUGCGCUGAUGGGGGAGGCUCGGGAACCCUUGGUAGUAUGUGCAUCCCUGCGAUGAUUCAAAUGUUUUGAGUAAACUCACUUCAAUGCAAGAAGUUCACUUCACUUGAUGGUGCGCACGUGAGAGUGGCACGUGAGGGUGGGUCCUGCGCGUUAGCCUGUUUCU